AUGGACCAACACGGCCACGCCGUUCAAGUUAUUGUGAACGGCCAUCUUCAAUCGCAGCCCGGUCAUACCUCAAAUAUGUCACUAUCCAAUCGAUCUCGGCCACUGUCAGUGGAUGAGGCGCUUCAGUACUCUUCCAUGUCUAGUGCGCCUGUCUUUGGCCUUGACUGUAUCAUUCAGCCCGAUGUUGGCCGGCCGUCAAAUACCACGUCGAUCAACCAUGUUCUUCAAGCAGGUCGCAAUACAUUGAAUGAGCUGGAUGCGGAGAUUGAAUCAGGGCAGGAUGACUCGAGUCGCCCAGAUACCUCUUGCAAAUACCUUCAGCAAUUGUUAGAUGGAGACCAGUUGACCGAGUUCAAGUUUAAGCUCCCUCCUGCUCUAACUGGCAGCCAGAAUUCGAACCCUCUUACCCCAAAUCCUCCCUCUAGUCGCUACCAGCUGGGAUCGUUUGCGAAAUUGAUGCUCGAUUCGACGGAUAUAGCAUUCAGAUAUCCCGAGACAUCGACACCGAAGGUGAAAGUAGACAAAGAAGCCGUCAAGAAGGCUUCCGCCGCAUGGAAUAAACAGGCCUUCGCUGCGAACAAAACAACAAAGUCUGUCCCAUUUCUACCGAUCCAACCAACUCAGCCAUCCGAACCGCAAACUCCACAACCGCCUCGAUCAUCUCAGCCACCGUCUAGCCAGUUUUCGAUCGUGAUUCCCGUGAAGUCCUCGCCAACAAAGUCCUCGCCAGUCAAGGAUGAACAACAGAGGAAAGAAGCAUUGCUUCAAAUUCUGAUAGAUCCCGAAGAAUCGAUGAGUGCCAUUCGCCUGAGAGAUCAAAAGGCUGAGGCCGAUGAGGCUCUUAUGAAGCUUCAAGACCUUCUUGGCGAGGUAUUUGAAGCAGAAGAUCAAAUCGAACCCGAAACCACAAUUGUCGCAACCACAGACAGACCGAAUCCACUGUUCGUGAGUGCAAGGUCAAUGGAAGUACAUGGCGCACUGCUGUCAUCCGAUGCCCACGGCCGCCUACAAAAAUCCAUUCAAAAAGUGGCUAGAUUUGAUCGACUGCAGGAUGUUCCAUCGGAAUACCUCACAAGAAUACAGAAACUUUGCGAGAAACCCAUUAUUGCAUCACAAUCGCCAGAUCUAACCCUGAAUGAUCCAUCCAGUGAAGCAGAGGCGCAAGAGUGGGUUGCAAAGGUUGAGGAUGUUUUGAAUGCUCUUCUUUCCAUCAGUACCCUAUUGGAAACGAUGUCUGGGCGUCGAACAGAGAGAGAUCUUUGUCCAGAAGAUCUCAUAGAAGCCAUUCCCGUCGUCUUGAAUCAAACUUUUGACCAUUGCAUCAUCCCCGCGGUGGAGUCACGCUCUGGCGGGAAGAAUGGCGAACUUUUUGCGUUUUUCUCCGGACAGAAGCGUGUUAUUGGAAGCCUGAUUCAUCAAACGAAGAAAGUUCUGGCUCUGUUCGCAGACUUCCUGUCUCGUGUCGAGGUCUCGGAGGGAACGAUAACUGCAGCAGAAUUCUUUGCGACAAAGUUGAUCUUCGUUGAAAAUGCGCACAAUGACAAAGAUUCCGCGAUUGGAUACCAAAAGUACGAAUCAGCCAGACGUGCUGGCAUGGAUGUGCUCGCAAAGAUCUUUGCGAAGUAUCCUGAACAACGCCCAUUCAUUCUGGAUGAAAUCCUGGUUUCCUUAGAAAAGCUCCCCUCCACCCGCCAAAGUGCUCGGCAGUUCAAACUUGGAGAUGGAAAGAACAUCCAGCUACUUACCGCAUUGGUGCUUCAGCUGGUGCAAACAACUGCUCUUGACACUCCUAUAAGAUCGAAGGCAAAGAGGCGGAUUCACGCCGACGACGACGACGAAACCAUGGGCGAUGAAAAUGAUUCAAAGAACACAGAAUUGGACGAUGAGGAGCUGGACGAAUCAUUGGAGCGUUUGGCAGCCAAAGUAAACCGACUUUGCGACGAUGCAAUGCGCAGUGCGCAAUACAUCGUGAAGUUCAUCGUGCAGCGAGCGAUGACCUCGACUAAGAGUGGGGACCAACCGUACAGAAAUAUCCUGGAUCUUUUCACGGAAGACUUGAUUAGUGUCCUCGGGUCUAUUGACUGGCCCGCUGCUGAGCUGCUCCUCAGAAUCAUGGCAUUACACAUGGUUGGAAUCGCAGAGCUCGAUAAGAGUCCUGCAACAGCGAAAAGUAUGGCUUUGGAACUUUUGGGUUUGAUGGGAUCUGCGAUUUCCGAUUUGACCACGAAUGUACAACACAUGCUCCCUGCGAUGGAAGAUCUAGACAGUGACCUCACAGAUUUCCUGAAGCAGCAAUUCGAGGACUCCUGCUCGCGCGCGCUACAUGACCAAGACCUCGUUGCACCGCGAGGACCAUACAGAAUGGCCCUUGAGUAUCUGUCGCAAGAUAGAAAGUCAGACAGCUCACAUUUGACAAGUGCCCGGGGCUUCUAUCUGGCUCAAUGGGCAAAGACCGUGUGUUCGUUGUAUUACAACUCUGACGAGAAGGAGGAACUUGUUCACGAUGAUCUUACCGAUGAUUUGGUCGUUCUUCUAUCACGGUCAUUCUCGGACACACGCUGGUUUGAAACCCACAGACAAUUUGACCCCAUUUCCUUCACCCAUGCACGAUUCGCCUACAGCUUGACUGUCUUGAACUCCAACUUUGGCAAGGCUUUUGACAGGAUUCUGGGGGUGCUUCUUAAGUCGAUCGCAAGCGACCAAGCCAAGGUCCGCAGUCGAAGUUUGAAGAGUGUCAUAUCUUUACUUGAAAAAGACCCUACCCUGCUCGAUCGAGAUAAGUCCAUUAUGCUUGUCAUUGUUCGCUGCACCAAGGAUGCUUCGCCUAUGGUUCGGGACUCAGCAUUGUCUCUCGUUGCAAAGUGUAUUGGGCUUAAAGAAGACGAACACUUUGAAGAGGAAGGUUGCCGUCACAUCCUUGCGUGCACGUCCGAUCAAACCGCAGGAAUCCGCAAGCGUUGCAUCGGUCUCUUGAAAGAGCUGUACCACAAAACAAAUAAGCGAAAAUUGAAGUUGGCCAUAUUGGAUAACUUUCUUCUGCGUACCGGCGAUCUUGAAGAAAGUGUGGCAACCUUGGCUCGCCAGACUUUUGAAGAAAUGUGGCUCAUGCCAUAUCAUGAAUCUAUUGACUCGGUAUCGGAAGCUCCCAAAAUCAAGGUGGCGCUUCAGGAACAGGCUCGUUUGAUCGUCAAACUCGUUGCGGAUAGUGAGACAGCCUUGGAUUCCCUAGGUAUUUGUAUCAAAGCCGUUCUUUCUGAGAAAUCCAAGUCAGCAGCUAUGAAUUUCAAGGUAUGCAAGACUUUGGUGUCUAUCAUGUUUCAACAACUAGUCGACGAUGCGGAAGACUCUGGGAAAAAGCUCCAACAACCUCGCGUGCAGACGAUUACAAUUUUUGCCAAAUCCAAUGCAAAAUUGUUCAGCCCAGACCAGUUAGAGGCUUUGCAGCCCUAUAUUGGACAUCUGGCAACAGAUGAUGAUCUCAAAAUAUUCCGAUCGGUAGUGAUCAUUUAUCGCUGCGUAUUGCCCUAUCUAUCUUCAUCUCACGACACUCUUCUGCAAAACGUGCAAGGUCUUCUCCUAAAAAAUCUGGGAAAGCUACCCAUUCCCGAACUUAAUGAGGCCAUGGCAUGUUUGUGGACAAUCGGUGGAAUCCGACGAGAAGACAACACGAGGCUAUACAAAUUGACAAAAUCGGUUAUCGGCCCGUUACAGCAAUAUAAAAGAGUCGACCUUUCAAUGGACGCAAAUACCGUUGUUGCAGGCCGUGUGAAGAGUUACAUCCGAAUUUUGGGCUGCAUCGGUCGACAAUGCGAUCUUGAAAAGUUUCUUGGUACCUUCAAGGGCGCUUACCCCUCAUGGAACGGGAAAAGCUCUGCUGGUUUAAUGGUUGACUCCAUUCUGCCUUAUGCCUCGUCGAAGCAGCCAUUGGACGUCAGGGCCAUGGCUCUGGAGAGCUUGGGCUCUAUCUGUCAAUCUUGGCCAGGCCAGUUCGACCGUGAAGCUACACGCAAAAUCUUCUCGGAAGUCUUCAAAGAAGAUAGUCCCAGGCUACAAAACAUCGUCCUUGGAUCAUUUGCAGAUUUCUUUGCUAUACACGAGGGCAAGUCUGAGAAGGCGGUCAUGUCCACCGCAGAUACAGGGUCCCAGGAAAACCCCACUCGACUUGGAGGUUCGCUCAAAGCUAGCGAUAGUGAUGGUGCAGCGGCAUUGAUCGCUCAGCAUUUCCUUAAGAAUAUGUUGAAGGUUGCGCAAUCACGGCAAGAUGUCUACUCUCUGACCGCCAUUGAGCUCAUCGCAAGUAUCAAUCGGCAAGGAUUAGUCCAUCCUAAGGAGUGUGCAGGUGUGUUGGUCUCACUGGAGACUUCAACAGUGCCAGCCAUUGCUAAGGUGGCUUUCGACACUCACAAGAUGCUUCACUCUCAGUAUGAGUCCAUGUUCGAACGAGAAUACAUGCGGGCAGUGCAAGAAGCCUUCUACUACCAGCGAGACGUCGUUGGCGAUUCUACUGGUGCAACUGCUCGUCCCUAUGUCUCUAAGCUUGCUUCAUUGUUUGAGAUCGUUAAGAUCAGCAACAGCAAGUAUCAGAAAAAAUUUCUCUCCAAUCUUUGCGGCAAGGUUAAUUUUGAAUUGAAAAAGCUUGAUGCCACAGGAGAUCCACCAGAACACCUCCUACUCACCAGAUUCAUUGCUCAAAAUCUUGCCUACUUUGAUUAUAGCCAGAUGGCUGAACUCAUUCCUACUAUCCUGACUUUGGAGCGAAUUGUCUCUUCAACCGGUACUGUCGUUGCCCAUGCUAUCGAAACCGAUAUUUUCCCAAGUCCCAUCGGACCUCCCAUGGUCGAGACCCCCAGCGGGAUGAUGGGUAUGACUCCUGCCAUUCCCAUACCUCCCCCUAUGCCGCAACUAGCAAAUCCGGCCACUCUGCGGCUAUUAGCUACUGCAGCCGCGUCGCUAUCCAUCUUAUGGGAGGCCCGGACUUACUUGCGACGGCUUUACGGAGUCCAUUCCCAUGGCAAAGAGGGUAAACUUGGGACUAAGGAACUGAACAAGACUGCAACAAAGGUGCAUGGUGUGACUGGUGACAGGUUCUGGGAAGCUGUUGCGAAGAAUAUGGCCUCGCUGAAUAGCGAAGACUCGAUGGUUGAAAAAUGCCGGGAGUUUUCCACUUUGCUUGCCAUCGAUGAAGAGUUCAAGGUCGCUCCCGGUGACGAUGAAGGAGAUAUCGAUGCCAUUGGAGAUCUCGAUGACAUGGAUGCUAUGCCCAGUGGGUCUCGCCCCAUGAAGCGCAAAAGCUCUGUCACAAGCACGGGCGCCAACAAGCGUCCUAAGAGCCGCAAAAGCUCGGUUGGGAAGAAGCGAUCCAGUACCGAUCUCGAAGAUUGGGACUAA